AUGGGAAAAGAGUCCUCCUUCCGUCUCUGCAUAGCCUUCCUCCUCAUCGUCCAAAUCGGCUGCUGGGCCCUCACCCUCCUCGACCUUCUCCAUCCGGGAAAGCCACACGCCAUCAUCCGCACAACCAUGGAUCUAGUCAGCAUAUACUUUUCCAGAUGCUGCCAAUCGAGCGCCGCACUGCAGCAGUUGGCGUAUACGGAUAUCAGAGGACUGAUGUACUAG